AAAAUAAAGUAACAAUAAAUAAAUUUAUUAAUACAAACACACCACACACACACAAUCAUUUACAGAUGACUACUUCAGUGCAAUAAGUGUUAUACAUUUUGAAAAUGUGCAACUUAAAAUGUACUAUGAAGAAUUAAAAACCCUACACCUAACAUAAAACAUACUACAAAACACAACACAUGCAUUCACCAAAAAUAGGAGUUGGGAUAUUUUGUAAGUACAAAAGGACAUGUGUUACUUAUCUGCACACAAAGCCAGCCUUCCCCCACUUGCUUGGCACCCCCAGGUUCUCUCUUCCUCCCACUGCCAAACACGGUUACCCCAUCCUUUCCCCCAGAAGUGCCCCCAGUGGUUGCACACUUACAGUUCACAUUUUUCCCAUAAUGCAACUAUUUACAAUAAGCGCAAUCCUCGCUCAAACACCAGUAACGCGGGUCGUUACAAUACAUACAGUUUCAUCAGAUAAUAUUCACCCCCCAAACUUUAAGGUACUUUGUUCUGUUAUGCUUUACAAUUUCAGUCUGUGCACAUUAUUUUCCCCUUUGCAUCCCCUUCACUAAAUCAACAUCAUCAGUUAUGUUAUGGAAAUAUUUCUUUGAAAAAUUAAGUUUCUCAUUUGAAAACAUACAUUUACAAAGCAAAGAAAAAAAACAUGCAAAAAUGACUAAUUUGCAAAGAGAGAAAUCUUGAGUUCUUCUUGAAGGCAUUGAAGGGAUGUGCUUGUAAGCCAUAUUAAAAGACAUUCUUUAAUGAAAGUUACCACAAAAAAUGAACCACUUUAUAGUUAAGUGUGACAUCUUUUGCAGUGAAUCGUUCCCUGUAAAGCCUAUAUGCUGUUUUUUCCCCUUUUUUUCCCUCUGUUUUUUGUACCUCACCCUCCAUAGGCUUUAGAUGGUUUUCUCAUUGCACUUACCACAGACGGAAUUAUUAUAUAUGUGUCUGACAGCGUUUCAUCGCUCAUUGGCCACUUGCCGAUAUGGUGGACCAAAAUAUCUUGAACUUUCUCCCUGAGUGCGAACAUGGCGAAGUCUACAAACUGCUGUCAACCCACAUGCUGAUGGCUGAUCCCAUUGCUGUGGACCUCCUGGAGAUUGGUGGCAUCACUGGGUUCUCUGGAAGCCAGAAAGGAGCAGUGCACACAGAUGUGGAGCAGCCUCGUGUUACCACAGUGAUGAACAACAAAAACACCUUGACAGAUGAGAUGCACAUCGAGUUUUGUUGUCAUCUAGCUAGAGGAAACAUGGAUCCAAAGGAAGCUCCUACCUAUGAAUAUGUAAAAUUUGUUGGAGAUUUCAAGUUUCAUAAUUAUGUGCCUACCAUGUCCUGCAAUCGCUUUGAGCUGGCAUUACCCAGGGCGCUUCAGUCAUCCCUGGAGGAGCAGGUAUGCCUUGUUGCAACGGUUCGACUUGCCACGCCACAGUUUUUGAAGGAUCUCUGUAGUGUGGACAAUCCAUGUGAUGAAUUCACCUCCAGGCAUAGUCUAGAGUGGAAGUUCCUUUUUUUAGAUCACAGAGCUUCUCCUAUAAUAGGCUACUUGCCCUUCGAGGUUUUAGGGACGUCUGGGUACGAUUACUAUCAUGCUGACGACCUGGAGCUAAUAGCGGAGUGUCACAGGCAGUUAAUGCAGUUUGGGAAGGGCAAGUCAUGCUACUACCGAUUUCUGACCAAAGGCCAGCAGUGGAUCUGGCUUCAGACGCACUACUACAUCACCUACCACCAGUGGAACUCCAAACCUGAGUUCAUCGUGUGCACACACACUGUGAUCAGCUAUGCAGAGGUGCGAUCAGAACGGCGGAGAGAACUGGGUCUUGAAGAGUCCUUGUCAGAAAUGACCCCGUCGUCUUUAAUUAAGAGUCAUGAUGUGUACCUGGAUUUCCACCAGGAGGUGCCAGGGGGGCGAGUGAGUAGGGCGCGGUCCAUGUCCUCCCACAGCUCCCGCAAGUCCUCCCACACAGCCAUGUCGGACUCGGCAUCCAACUCCUCAUUCAAGUUCACAGAGACCAGCAUGCCAUCUCGACAGUCCAUGCUCAUGGUGCCUGAAAAGUCUCGGUCCCGAACCCAAGUCAAUAGCUUAAAGACAUUGGUGCGGAGCCAGAGCUCCUCAAGCCUCCUUCCCCCACCGAUGGCCCCUCUUUCACCUCCUUGCAGCCAACACUCUCUCAUGCAGCCCCUGUAUCAGUUCCAGCUACCACAGCUAGGCAUGGUACACCAGCUGAAGGAGCAGUUGGAGGAGAGGACACGUGUCCUGCAGGCUGAUAUCCAGACACAGCAGAAAGAACUACACAGCAUCAAGGAGCAGCUGCAGCAGGUCAACUGCUCCAACCUCCAGCAGCCAGUGCCCUUGGGCUUCAGCCACGCACAGCAAGGUCCGGGCAGGCCAAGCCAGCAACUCCAGCAGCACCAGCCCAAGCAACCUGCUGUGGGUUCGGAGCACCUCUGCAGCCUCCACAACUCUUUACCUCCCUCGCUGAGUUCCUCUUCCUCUCAGUCCCAGGCUGCUGUGCAGGUGCAGGAGACGCCCAUAUGCAGUACCCAGGGUCAGGCCUCCAGCUUCCCACUGCAGACAUAUAGCAGCAUGACCAUGCCCCUCUACAGCAACCCUAUGAUGUUCUCCCAAACGGCUGGGCGGCCACUGCCACUGCUCCUGCCCUCGGCUCAGGACGUCAGCCAAAGACACCCAAACACAGACUUUGACCAAGAUGGACACCUUCGCAUGCUUCUCAACCAGCCAAUCCAGCCCAUGAUACCACACAGUAGUGGGACUCCACAGGCUUCCCAGUGCAGCACAGCAGCACAGCAAACCAAGUACACAGCAGAGCAGCAGGUUGUGGCUGCCCCGUUACCCAUGCAGCAGGUGAACUGCAGCACGCUAAUCGUGCCCUCCCCUGUGUUCACGUCCCCCAUCGUGAUACCCCAUAACAGCUUCCUGUCACACCAAGCGCAGCCAGUCUAUCCCCAGCAACCCUUGCCCCCCCAGGCCCUACUUCCGCAGCAGCAGCAGCACUUCUUUCAACAGGUGCAGAGCCCUGGACUCUUAAACUCUGGGCAGACACACACCCUCUUCCACGCAGCUCACAUGUCUCAGCAGAGCAACAUCAGAUACACUGAGGUGCCACAGCAGCCCCGGCAGCACCACCACCACCACCACCACCACCUGCAGAGCCAGGCGGCUGAUGUGCCAGAUGUGCUGUGCAUGCAGCUCCCACAGUAGGUACCAUGGUACCAACCGACAGCUAGGGAGCAGUGCCAUGAAGUGCAAAAGGGAAGCCAAACAGAGGUUAUGACCCAGCAGGCAUUGUGGACUGUCACAGGAGACCCAUACGAAAAAGGAACAUUUGUCUGGAGUUGCCUUAAUUUUAAUGAGGUACUGCCUUUUAUACAACAGCAGUUGUGUUUUUCUAUUUUGUCUGUGUGUGAGUUGCCAGCAGCCAUUCUUGAAAGCAAGAUGCUAGGGUUGACAGCUAGCUGGAGAAGUAUGGAAAUUCUUUGUGUAAGUCUACACAUUUAAGGUGAUAAUGCAAUGUGGUAAGGCAGGUAUGUUCCUGAAUGAGAGAAAAAUAACAGCAGGAGGACACAGACCUGUGUGUGUGUGUGUGUGUGUGUGUGUGUGUGUGUGUGUGUACCAGCAGUAGGAGUUGGCUAUAUCAAGUUAUUUAAUGUAAUCAGAUGUUCUGCUGCAGUUUUACUUUACAUAAAUGUCACAGGAAAAUAUAUUAGCGCUGCCAUGGUGACGAAUAUGAAGAUUCAUUUAAAUAAGAUUUAAAAAAAGACAUUCAUUAAUUUAAGCACCCUUGUAAAGAAAUGCAGUAGAUCACACCCUUUAAAACAGUAUUAUGUGUGCUGUUAGAAAGUUAAUUUACAACACUGAAUGUAGUCAGCAUAAGGUACCAUGAUGAAAAAUGUGAAAAAUUCGUAUGGGCAAACUUGACUCGGUCUACUAUUGGCACAGGUAUCCCCGUUAUACGGACAUCAUUUGUUCCCGAAAAUGGUUUGUACACCAAGAGUCUGUAAAGGUGGAGGUCCUUUCCCAUUAAACAGCAAAAAAAAGAUCCUGGACUUCAUGGACAUACUGAAAUAUUUACACAAACACCCUCCACACACUUAAAAACAGCCUCAAGGAACUGAACAGUGUACAUUACACAAGUUACUCCAUAUAGGCCUUUCUAUUAUUACCCAAAUUUUUCUUAAAAAUUGUAAAACAUAACACGUACAUGUUUAUGGAGUAGUUACAAGAUCAGGGGAGAAGUAAGUCUGAAAGAGGUGAGUUUUGAGACCCGUCUUAAAUGUACAGCUAUGUGAACACAAACCUUCCAAAAAAUGUAACUAUUUCGCAAAACUCUAAUAUAACUUGAAAAACAAUGCAAUAUUAAGAAGAGGUUGUUGUACGUUACUGAAAGUCUGUGCCUCAUUGGCUCAUGACCUCUGUAUCAUCGGGGAAAAGUCUGUCCCAAAUACUGGAAGAAAGUACCUAAUACCAUGAGCCACUGGUCUGGACAUGGAUGCAACUUUCAUAGGACCAUUAUACUGAAAGUCUGUAAACCGGGAAUCUGUAUACUGGGGUAUACCUGUAUUUAUUUUUAAAGUUUAUGUUAUGUGUACAUUAAGGCAAAAAUAAUCUGACUGUUCUCAGCAUAAUUGGCUGCUCUCUUGUUCCAGUUAUAAUUUAAGGUUCUCGAUUACCGACUUUAUCUCUCAACAUGAACAAUAUACAAUGAAAUAUUGUAAAUGAAACAUGCCUUUUGACAGCCAGCACAAUACUUUGCAAACUAUGUUUAAACACGACUGUUUAAAUUCAUGAAAACUCCUUCUCAGAAAAUAUAUAUUUUUACAACAAAGUAUUUUCAGAUGAAAAUGUCUUGUUAAAAAUGAACAGGCCAAUAUUUGAAGAUGUUAAAACUGAAGGACUAUUUUAUCAACAAGUAAGGCACACAAAAGUGGAAAGCAUCAUAAAGGUUUUCAGAAAACUGCUUUUAAAGAAUAUAUUUUUUUUUUUUUUUUUUUUUUUUAUUUUGACAUGUAGAGGUCAAGUGGGAUGUUAGUAACUGCAGGUCUAUUUUUGGAUUUCUUUGAAUUCUAUGCAGAAUUUACAGGAACUGGACCUUAAAAAUAUGACAGUUAUCUUGCAUUGGUGAAAUGUACUUCUCAGGUAAUUUAUGGAACUAAUGUUUUUUUUUGUUUUGUUUUCAAAGUCUUUUAAUUUUGUUACACGUUUCAUUCUUUCAUGAAGGUGCAACUUGUGUCCAGUCCUCUGUCUGUGUGUGUGUGUGUGUGUGUGUGUGUGUGUGUGUGUGUGUGUGUGUGUGUGUAUGUGUGUGUGUGUCAUUCUCGAAAUACUUGAGCGCACUUUUUUCAUUACACUCAACCAAGUAUUUAAUUUAAAAAGUAUUCAAGCAUGGACAAGUAGUAUCCAGUCCGUUGUUCAUAUGUGGUCAUUGUACAAAUAUUUAAUUACUGAAGCGUGCAGUUUUUUUGGUGUUUGCAGAGUCACUGAUCUAUAAAUACAUUCUUUUAAUUUUAAAGAAAAGUGUAUAAAUAUAUUUUUAAACAGUAAACCUUUUUUAUCAUACUGUUAUGAUUAAACUGUCAAGGGCAUUUUGAUACUCUAGACAUUUAAACAUAUUUAGUGUCAAUGUAACCCUACUGUAUAACUGCAGUCUGCCACAGUCUCUAGUCACGUCCAAAACACACACAUGCCGUGUUUCAGCUUGUGGCUUGUGACAUCGCAGCGGCUGCUCAGUGACUCAUAUGCUUUACACCACCUGUUUCUCUCACCAUGUUUUAUGCACUGCACCAGUGCUCUUUCUGUGCGCCGUAUGUGAAACCAGUAAAAUAAAAGUAAAGCUGUGUCCCCAUUUACUCUUCUAGCACGUUCACUCUAAAUACAACAAAUUUGUACAUCUUCAUUCUUCAGGAAUUUUUGUAGAAUGAUGAAUAUUUAGAUUGCUGUUUUCUUCACUACAAGCUCUGUUGAACUACACAAUACACAAUUGUAAUCUUGUUUUCUACUAGUCAAAUACAAACUUGUAUUUGUCUGCACCUUAUUAUGACACAAGCAAAACAAAUGAUUCUUUGCACAGUCCUUUUGACCGUAGUGGAUUCCUUUUGAGGAAUCAAUCCAUCUUUUUUAGCUGAUUACUUCACCAAUUCCUUGCUCAGCUAUGAGGUUUAUGUCUCAUACAGUUCCUUUUAUCACAGUCCUCUGCUGACUCUUGCCCCUCUUAAAUUGUUCAUAAAUUAGUGGGUGUACAAAUAUCGAGACAUAGUAGUGUGACCUCACAAGAAAGGUCUCCUGACCCAGGAAGAAAAAAAUGAUCUUGCAAACAGCUGAUGUCCAUAUUUACUGUGUAUUUGUUUUUUUUUUUCCUCUUUACUGAAUACCAUCAGUCAUAUCUCCUUGUCUGUUUUGGCAGUAUUUUCCUUUCCUUUGAUUUUCCUUUUCUUGCAUUAAGAUUUGUUCUAAUAUGUGUUUUUCCCAGUUCUGUGUUCCGUGUUUAUCCAUUUCCACCAUAGUUAAAUUUUAAAUCUGUCCUUGUUUAGUUUGUAUAGUAUUGGGCAGCGGCAUCUAAUGCUGUAUCAUUACCAGCUCAGCUGACCCAAACAAAUUGACAUUUAUUUAAAGCAUCCAUUGUACUCCUGCUUCUAUUCAGCUGUGUUUCCAGUUAGGCAUCAGAUGCUUUAAUGCAUGGUACUAAACACUCUAAAAGAGUACUCAAACUUUAGGGGUCCAUCCUUGACACAUGCUUUAACGGACCAUGGCUUGGGUGUCUGAAGACCAACUGUGACACUGUUCCAGAGUAAGUUGCCGUUGAUUGCCUUUAAACAAAUUUCUGUUAAUGUUUUUGGAGUGGCUCUGUGGUAUAAAAAAUGAACAAGAACCAUUAGAUAUGCCAUUGUAAAAUAAGAUUAUAUGGAAUGAAAUUUGGUACAGAGCAAGUGUUUUUGAGGGCUGUGGCAGGUUAAAAUAUUUAUAGAUAUUGUUUUAUAAAAUGUACAAAAUUGAUUUAGAACAGUUGUUUAUUUUAUAUGAUGUCCAAAAGAUUAAAAUACAUUUGUAAAUGUUUUAUGAUUUAAAGCAAAAAAAGAUUUAUUUUGUAAUGAUUAUUGAAGUGUCUUAUUGGGCAAGUUGCAGUCUUUGGUCUCUUGGUCUUGCACAAUUUCAAUGAAUGGCAUUGUUUUUCACUGUACCGGUACUAUCAGAAUAAGCUUUAACAUAUUGUUUUAAAAUGUAUUGAGAAAAUAAGAGUUUACAUUCUGAAACUAUCUGGAUUUUUGUCAAAGUAAAAUUUGUUUGAGCAAUGUUUUAAUA